GGCGGCGCUGCCCGCCCGCAGCCGAGCCUUGGCGCCUGAGCGUAGGACAGACCGCGUUCCUUGUUUCUGUUGCAGAUGGUGGCUCCUUAGGCGCGGCGUGGCGGCCAGAGCCUGGACAUGGCAGCCGAGGCUUGUAGCCCCUCUGAAGGGGCUCUUCUGCCUUCAUCAGUGGAUUUAGACCUUGCUCACUUGAAUGACUCUGAUAAGCUAAGUAAAUCUUACCCUUGGGUCAACAAAAGCAGGAAAAGCCAGCUCUCUGACCUCUGCCGACUUAGAGCAUCCCUGUCUGGGGAGAAAUGGAGCUCUUACUGUUUGUCUUCGCUGGCGGCUCAUAACAUUUGUACCAGCAAAACUGGUAACUCCUGGGCUCGGUGGGAUUCUGCCUCUCUCUCCACUUCCAUGGGAACUUCUGCUUCUUGCUCCUUCCUGUGUGCCCUCGCUGGGGAGGAGCCCAGCCAGCAGCUCCCGACUGCCACACGCAACCCAAACAAAGCCGUCUUCACCGUGGAUGCCAGCACCACAGAGAUCCUGGUAGCUAAUGACAAAGCCUGCAAGCUGCUUGGAUGCAGGAGCCAGGAACUCAUUGGUCAGAAGCUGUCUCAAUGGAUAUCCCAGCCCAGCCAGGAGGUGUGGGAAGCAGGGGAUGAGGAGUACAUAGGAACUGAUGCACGUUCCUCCUUGGUUUCAGGAACUGUGGUGGAUGUUCGGGGCCGCCUGGGAGAGAAGAUCUCUGUCUCGGUCUGGCUGAGGCGAGUAAGAAGCGAGGACAACCCCUGUUGUGUGGUUGUGCUGGAACCUGUGGAGAGACUUUCAGCUUCUGUUUCCUUCAGGGUUGAUGGAGAGAUUACAUCAUGUGACCUCCUGUUUGCCCAUCUCCAUGGCUACCCAACUUUGGAAGAAGUAGUUGGGCUCCACAUAAAGGACCUGAUCCCUUCUGUGCAGAUCCCUCCUCUAGGCAAAAAGAUCCCCAAGAGUCUCAGGGUGCAGCGAGCUGUAGGCCGAUCCAGAGAGGGUGACAGCUUUCCUCUCAGUUUAAAGCUGCAAGUAAGCCUUCUGGAGGAGGAUGGAGUGGCAGUGCAGGAAGGCAGUAUGCUGCAGGCUGAAAGAGAAGGCUCCUUCACAGGCUGUCAGUACUCUGCCACAGUCCUGGUCUUCUCCACCAUCAGUGGCCUUAUUACUGUCCAGUCAGAUGGAACCAUCUGCGGCAUCAAGGACAGUUUUGCUUUAAUGCUCUUUGGCUACGAGAAGAACGAGCUGUUGGGAAAGAACAUCACGUUCCUGAUCCCUGGUUUCUAUAACAACAUGGAGAGCAGCAGCGACUGUUCUUUGCUGUUCCCUCCUCUUGACGGCUCCGUGGGGACACAGGACAGCAGCCUCCUGGCAGCAUCUUCAGCAAGCCUUCUGUCAAGAGAUGAAGAGCAGAACUUGGAACAAAGACACAGAAAAGUACCUGAUGAGACUAAACAAAAGAAUGGGACCAGUCUGCUUUCUGCCUCCUCACCUCCUGAAGUGGCAUCCACACCCUCCAAUAGGGAGGGCAGCGUUGGCAGCGGCGGGCUGCCAGCCCACCCUGGAGAGCCUCACCCCGAGGCCUGGCUUGGCAGAACUGGAGCAGUGGAAACUGAAGGAUCAGAUUAUCCUCAAAAGAUACUCUCCCCAAAGCUCUCUGCCACAUCCUCUGAUGCAGAACAGCUGGAUUCGGGUCAGAACACAGAGCCUCCAGGCAGAAGCAGCGAUGGUGCAGCACCCGGUGCUCCUGAGGCUGGAAAGGCCAGCAAGACUAGUGUCUUGCCUAACCAAUUGCAAGUUCAUCAUCAAGACCUCAGGGAAGCAACCAGCCAGCAGAUCUGCAGGUUACCGUGUGCAAUGCUGAAGCAGCAGCACUCCACUGAUGCCCAGGGACAAGCCGCUGCGGCCAGUGCUGCUCAGUUGCCUCUUUGUUCUGGGCUACAAGACAAUCUAGAAACCACAUCCUCUGGCAUUACUCCUGACUCACCUGGAACACCAACAGUAGAUGAGCCAUGGCCUGGGACAGCUCCAGGCCACAGACAAGGCUGCCAGAGCCCCGUGGCUACAGGGCAGGUGGGGAAACCAAACGGGCCGUGUGAUGCGGAACGCUGCCGCCCUGAGCGCGCGGUGGCUGGAACCUGCCUGCCACACGGUGCUUCAUCUGCCUCUGCACAGGGAAGAAAUGCCAUUUGUGGUGUUUGCUGGGGAGACAAAGCGUGCUGCAGUGCUUCUGCACCAGGAGUCGUCUCAGCCUCUGGAGGUGUUGGAGCAUCAGAGGCUGAGCUGAGCGGUGUUUGCUCAGGUCUUGAGGCAUUGGCCCUGAAUAUUGGUGUGGAGGGCAACUUGGACAAUUCUUUAGGUAUUACUGCAGCUCCUGUGGGAUCAUCCUCCCCUCAUGCAUUGGCUGCAGGCAAUGUGCUAAGUGUGGAGAACAGUGGCCUCUCAGCUGGGCAGGAAAAGCAGCCAUCGAAUGGUGCUGCCACAGAAGAUGGUUCAGGGUGGCUGGCCUCCCAAAGGCCUUCAGAAAACUCUGAAGGAUCCUGCAAAGCACUUGCUGAGAAGUCUGGAACUCCCGCUGAGGAUGUGGGGGACAACAUCAACAGCAACCCACUGAAAAGCAGAGGUAGUCCUGAAGAAGACUGGCGGUGGCAUGGGCAGCAAAACAUGGAGAUAAAAGUAACAUCGACCCCAGUGAAACAAGAAAGGCUGAAUCCAGCAGCUCCUGUGGCCUUGGAGAUUCUGGAAGGCAGCUACACUGGGAACUGCUGUCACAGAGAUGGUUCGCAGUUAAGGGUACUCUUGGAGGUGAAGCGCGUGGAACUGCAGGACCCCGCCGUGCUCUUCUGUGUCUGGGUGGUGAAAGACCUUCUACGGAGCCAGAAGGAAGCUGCAGCAAAGGCCCAGCUUUUGCUCUCCAGUCUAGCAAGCUCUGCCCAGCCUGCUGCAGACCUCUCCACGCACAGUCUGGGAGAAGCCAUCAGAUCGACUUCGCUUUUUGAGAGUUCCCGAAGAGCUGAAGAGCUGGAGGGACUGGGGGCGUGUGAGGGAGAGUAUGCAGAAAACUACACCACUCUCAGUCUGAUUGGCAAAGGAUCUUUUGGCUUUGUCUGGACUGCAAGGAGCAAGGAAGACCCUCGGGAGGUCGUCGUCAAGUUCAUCUGGAAGGAGAGGGUGCUCGAGGACUGCUGGGUCGAUGAUCCUCUUCUGGGGAGAGUUACUCAAGAAAUUGCCAUCCUUCUGAAGCUGCAGCACCCCAGUAUCAUUAAGGUGCUGGAUGUCUUUGAAAAUGAACACUUCUUCCAGCUGGUGAUGGAGAAGCAUGGCUCUGGUCUGGAUCUCUUCACGUUCAUUGACAAUCAGCCCAACCUGGAUGAGCCCUUAGCGAGCUAUAUAUUCCGACAGCUUGUGUCAGCUGUCGGGUAUCUCCACUGCAGAAACAUCCUGCACAGGGAUAUCAAGGAUGAAAAUAUUGUCAUUGCUGAAGAUUUCACAAUUAAAUUAGUGGACUUUGGUUCAGCUGCCUACCUGGAGCCUGGGAAACUGUUCUAUACCUUCUGUGGCACGAUAGAGUACUGCUCUCCAGAAGUGCUGUCUGGCAAACCGUACCGUGGCCCUGAGCUGGAGAUGUGGUCGCUUGGUGUCACCCUUUACACCCUGGUGUUCGGAGAGAACCCUUUCUGUGAGCUGGAGGAGGCCCUGGCGGCUGUGCUGCGUCCUCCUCGCCCUGCCUCGAAAGCUCUCCUGGGGCUCACGGCCGCGCUCCUGCACCCCGUCCCGGAGCAGCGCAUGACCCUGGCGGCCUUGGCACAGCACCCCUGGCUGAGGCAGCCCGUGAACCUGGGUGAUUACUCCUGGGCAGAGGUGUACAGCUGUGCUGGGGCAGGGGAGAUGCUGCCCUGAGCACCCAGCACACAGGCACAGCCUCGCAGUGAGCUCCAGCUGUGCUGUGUGAGGACGGGCCGCUGCCAAGCAUCGGUUCUUAUACAGGAUGUGAAGCUGUGAGGCCAGCAGCUUGGUGUCUUGUUUAAGUUGUUUAUAACUCAGAAUAUAUUUUUAUUGUCUGUUUUCACUCGUGUAGAUGCAGUUUCACACAGUGGGAGGU